AUUUAAACAAGCAGAUAUUUAUAUCAAUGUAUAGCUAUAGGCAUGAGUUCAUUAUCUAGGUUGUCAAUAUUGUUCACAUUUACAUCGUUUAUUAUACUUCAUAUAAAAAUGGAUAUAUCAAUUUCUGUAAGUGGUAUAUUACUGGCUUUCAUUACACUGUGUUUGGCUUCAUGGUGGGCAAAGUGGUUUAGUAAAAAACGAUAUCCCCCUGGACCUUGGGGAUUUCCUAUAUUUGGACACCUGCCUUUGUUAAGUAACAAACCGGAGCUAAAAUAUUCAAAAUGGCGACAGAAAUACGGAGAUAUUUUCAGCAUCCGUUUUGGUAGUUGGAAUACAAUUAUUGUCAAUGGAUACGAAGCCAUUAAAGAUGCAGCGGAGCGAAAGGAUGAUGUCUUUUCUGGAAGACCUGAAUUUGCUACAGAAAUUGCUAUUAGGGAAUCAUUCGAUGGUCUUGAAAGUAUAACGUUUUGUAACUUUACCCCAAAGUAUCUACAGCUUAGAAAACGAACAACUAUGGCUAUGAGAAAAUACGUGAACAAGUGUGAUUAUUCUCCAAAUGAUUUGUUCCGGGAAGAAGCCGAAAAAUUGACGGAAAAACUGUUAAGAUAUCCACCUGAUGAACCCGUAUCCAUCGAUUUAGAUAUUCAGUUGGCUGUUAUAAGUGCAUUAUACCAGAUGCUAUUUGGCAGAGGGAAAGAAGACGAAAUAAAACCACAUUUAAACUUAAUAAUUGAAUCAACUGAGACCUUUAACAAAUUUGUCUCUUCUGGUAAUUUAGUAGACGUUAUCCCAUGGUUAAGGUAUAUCAUGAAAAUGGAGGUGGAUAAAUUCAAAGCAGCGAUAACCGCAACAGACUCGAUAACAAAAUCUAAGAUAUCGGAACACAGAACUUCAUUUCAAACUGGACAAACGCGGGAUAUUUUAGAUGCUUUAUGUGAUCUGUCAAACGACUUGCCAGAAAAUGGUACCGGUGAUACCCUAUCAGCCACGCUUUUACAAUUUCAAAUUUUAUCAUUGCAAGGUGCUGGAUUCGAUACGACAAGUCGCACAAUCAUGUUUAUCAUCUUAUAUUUGAUUACUUUUCCAGAUGUCCAAGAGCGUGCUCAGAAAGAGAUAGAUCAAGAAUUGGGCAGCAGUAGAAAUAUCUCGGGCAAUGACCAAGCUAAGCUUCCAUACGUAAUGGCUACAGUCCUCGAAGUAUUGAGAAAAACUGCAAUAGUUCCUUUCGCUAUCCCUCAUCUUACCCUCCAUGACACAAAAUUGCGAGGAUAUGACAUCGACAAAGAUACUGUUGUCUUUUUUAACCUGCAUUCAGUAGCACACGAAGAAUCAUAUUGGGGAGAUCCGGAAAACUUUAGGCCCGAAAGGCUUCUUGAUGAUUCUGGAAAUCUUGACAGGGUAAAGUGCUCUCAUAUAAUGGCAUUUGGUGCGGGGAGACGACAAUGCCCUGGCGAAACUAUUGCAAAAAUGAAAAUAUUUAUUGUUAUUGCAACAUUGUUACAGCGUUGUUCGUUCCAGAAAGCUGGUGGGUCUGACCUUAACCUUGAUCCUACUAGGGGACUUGUUCUCUCACCAAAACCAUUUAAAGUUAUUGUAAAAAGAAGAUUGUAAGCAUCGUCUGAA